AACAUAAUCAGUGCCACAAAUUGUAGUCAUCUUCACUGUGCUUUUGUCAUUUACCCCACAACACGAGUUCAGCUCUAGCUACAGUUCGUUAAAAGAAAAAAAUCAAUGGGUUCUCGAAACCAAGAAGCAUGGCUCUUGGAGAAUGGGAAUAACAACGUUAACCACAAGGGGUUGAGCAAGGAAAUGAGACAUGGAAGAACAGCACAUAACAUGUCAUCAUCUUCAAUGCGCAAGAAAUCUGACCUCACUAUUGUCACCAAGCUUCGUUCGGGUCUCCUUAGAAACAUCCUCGUUAACAUCCAAGAGGUUAUUCUUGGAACCAAACUCUCUGUUUUGUUCCCAGCUAUUCCUCUUGCCGUCGUUGCUCAAUGCUUUGGCUUUGCUCGGCCUUGGGUUUUUGCGUUGAGUUUACUUGGGCUUACCCCACUCGCCGAACGAGUCAGCUUCUUGACAGAGCAGGUGGCUUAUUAUACAGGUCCCACAGUGGGAGGACUUUUAAAUGCAACAUGUGGGAAUGUUACAGAGCUCAUCAUAGCAAUUUUUGCACUUAGCCACAACAAAAUUGCUGUGGUCAAAUAUUCUCUCCUGGGUUCCAUCCUUUCGAACCUUCUUUUGGUUCUUGGAACCUCUCUAUUCUGUGGUGGCAUUGCAAACCUUAGACAGGAACAGAAAUAUGAUAGAAGACAAGCAGAUAUGAACUUGCUUAUGCUGUUUGUGGCAUUGUUAUGCCACUUGCUUCCAAUGCUCUUUCAUUAUGGUGGAGCCUCAGUAGGUGCCACUGCAGACUCAUCACUGCACUUGUCAAGAGCUGCUAGCAUUGUUAUGGUGACUGCAUAUAGUGCUUACCUUAUCUUCCAGUUGUGGACUCACCGGAAACUAUUUGAAGCCCAAGAUGAAGAUGAUGAAGAGGGUGACAAUGCUUCAGAAGAAGCAGUGAUAGGAUUCUGGAGUGCAAUUGCCUGGCUGGUCGGGAUGACUGUACUCAUUGCCUUGCUGUCUGAAUAUGUGGUGCAAACAAUUGAGGAUGCAUCUGAUUCAUGGGGCUUGUCUAUCAGUUUCCUGAGCAUAAUCUUACUGCCAAUAGUUGGCAAUGCAGCUGAACAUGCAGGAGCUAUCAUAUUCGCUUUCAAGAACAAGCUGGACAUUACAUUGGGUGUUUCCUUGGGUUCUUCAACUCAAAUUAGCAUGUUUGUGGUUCCACUAUGUGUAAUUGUUUCUUGGAUUCUGGGAAUCAAAAUGGACCUCAACCUCAACCUUCUAGAGACAGUUUCUCUUGCUGUGGCAAUAGUAACCACAGCCUUCGCAUUACAGGACGGAACUUCUCACUACAUGAAAGGCCUUGUUCUCAUUCUCUGCUACGUUGUCAUUGGGGCUUGCUUUUUUGUGCAAAGAAUUCCCUUCAACCAAAGUAAUGUUACUAAUGUAACGCUUAAACCAGCAACUGAAGCAGCUUUUACAGCUUAAAAGGCAUAUUGGCCGAUUUUGGUCUCUGAGAUAAAGGGUUUGCAGCAUCCUAACUUAAAAUAAGAUUCAAUGGAUUUAUUAUUUGUUCAUUUAAUCAUUGUCAUCCCCAGACUGAAGGCCGAAGAAGGUUGCAUGCAAUUGCAAUGUAUUUGGUUGUGGUCUUUGUAUAUAGUUCUCUUCAACAAGUUUUGUGUCAAGAUUCUCUUCAUGUAAUGUAGAUGAGAGUUGUGACAUUAUUUUCAAAUAAUAUGAGAACUGUGUUCUUUGGAAUUUGAGGUGAAGAACUCCUUGUGU